AUGAACGGCAAUGACAUACCCGUCAAGCAAGAGGGUUUAGGAGCACCCGCUGGGAUCUGGACAACUCCGACAUCUCAGGGUAUGCGACCUCGGCCUGCGACCAUCCACGAGGGCUUCUCUUACAGCAUGGGCGACGACUACGGCACCCUACCAUCGUGGGAUUCAUCUCCCCUGCCGCUACAGCAGACACCCAGCGACGCCAUAUCCCGCCCGGUCUCGGUCCAUCAACAAGACUUCUACCCCGUCACCACAAUGGAUAACAACGUAUCAGACUGGCACCAAAAGCCUUGCGAGGACACGUUUGAGUUCCACGGCCUGGACACUGAGAUGAUCGGCCAGGCGUACACCACGGAUGAAGCCGUUCCUGUCCUCGACUUAAGAUACCAGCAACAAGAUGGCGAAGCCUUCAACUUCGACUGUGGCCCCAACCCGCGACGCAUGUCGGGCUCAUCCUUCACCAUGUCGACUUCGGGUGCUCUCUCCGACAUGCCAUCCUAUGAGGACUUUUCGGCCGCUCUAUCAGAAGCACCGUCGUUUAGUUCAGACUACCCGCCGCCGUCUAACCGCAAUUCAUUGAUGUCGUCGACGCAACUGUCGCCCGUGGCGUCUCCCCGAAUGACUCCCCAAAGCCGAUCUGAACUUGUCAGGACCCAGAGCCGUGGCCGAGCGUCUCCGUCGCCUCGCCCUGGAAUGCGAUCUGCUCCGUACAGUGUUGAGCGUGGAACGACGAAGAGAUGGUCGACAGGGUCGUACGGAACUCAACAGAACCGACGUCAAACGCCUUUCGUGUUUCAUCCUGGCCACGAUGCCUUCGGUGCCCACCAGCGCAUGUCUUCGAGACACUCGUCGCCCACGAUCCAGCAUCAGCAGGUUCCUCUGAACUUUACCAAUCUUCAAGCCGCCCAACAACACCCGUUCAUGAUGGCCGCCCCGCCGCAGUACCAAAGGAACAGCAUGAACACCAUGCUUUUGCCCUCGCAGUUGCCAUCCAACGGUUUCCACCCUGACACCCAUCACUUCGAGGCUCCGCCGCCGCUUUUGUCUCAUGGUCUCUUCCGUAUGCUUCAGAGCAACGCCGAUCCCCACUCGCUUCACAGCCACUACACGGACCUGUCAGACCCCCCCGACCUGUACGCCUCAUUGCACGAGGAACAGAUCCCACCUCCCCCCGAAGACAUGAACCCGUCUGAUCCAGAUCUUGUCCCCCACGAGCAGGAACUGCGGUUCGAGGGCGACUUGUACACCCCCCGAUGGGUGAGAGGUCACGGCAACAAGCGUGAGGGAUGGUGUGGCAUCUGCAAGCCUGGCCGUUGGUUGGUGCUCAAGAAUUCGGCAUUCUGGUACGACAAGUCCUUUACCCAUGGAAUCAGCGCCGCCACGGGCAACCCGUUCCAAGAGCCUCAAGAAACCCGACGGAUGGACGGUAAUCCGGACGUCUGGGAAGGUUUGUGCGGCAGCUGCAAUGACUGGAUCGCCCUUGUCAGCAGCAAGAAGAAGGGUACCACAUGGUUCAGGCACGCGUACAAGUGUCAUACCCAUCCCAAGAUAAAGGAUGCGCCGAAGCGUCGACGGGAGAGCAAUCACAACCGCAACCUGGCGGCAUCACAGAUGGCCAAGCCAAAGCUCGAGCCGCAGCAGCAGCAGCAGCAGCCAGCACUUCCCAUGCCACAGCAGGCCCCGAUCACGCCUCAGAUGACGCCGUCAGUAGCUUCCGUUACCAGCACGCCGACGCCUGCUCAGAUGCAGCAGCAACAGCAGCAACAGCAGCAGCACCACCAGGUCCAGCAACAUCAACACCUUCAACAGGUGCAGUCGCCCAUGCCCCAGAUGACCCACGGACAGAUGGGACAAAAUCAUGGCCAGCCGGGGAAUGUCAUCAAUACUCUGGAAGGCAUGCCUGGCAUGAUUUGA